AUGUGCCGCUCUCGAGUCCUGACCGUCCCAUCACCCCUCGCCAACUGGAUCACUUCGAAGCGCAACAGCCAAUACGCCGCCACUCAUACCAACGACAAAGACCUCAAGAUCGACGCCUUCUACCGGGACCGCGCUAAACUCGGCAUGUUUAUUGCCCAGCCUUACAAAGUUCUUCAAGUUGAGGGCAACUCAGUACCCGCGCCGAGAAAGCGAAGGCCAUCGACAAGGCUGAAAAUGCACUCUUGUCUUGGACAACGUCGAAACCACCGAAACAAGCCCGAGAAGAGUUUAGAACUCGAUCAAGAGCUGGAAACACUCGCUGUCAUGAAGGAUCAAGACAACCUCCACAACGACAAACAUCAAGUCAUGUCGAGCUAUGGGCGAUGUCGCGGUGUUAGCGACGCAUUGCUGAACAGACGUUUCGUGUUCAAGAUAAUGCAACAAGAACUGCACCACAGUUCAUCGGAGGGCGCUGCAACAUCGAGAUCCUGCGAGCGCCGCCGGCGAUGUACAGUCACCAAGUCAAAAUGGGAAUCACUUCCGAUCUUUCUACCCGAGGUUCCGCAGGAAACUUUUCAAAACUUUUCUGGUCCAAAGGGACAGGAUGAAGAUGCCGACGACAGGACCAAUGACAAGGCCGCACAUGCGCAACUCCCAUCUUGGACUGCUUGCAAUGACGACAAUUGCCCCAUCCACAUGGCCGAAAAAGAGGGAUCAGGAUGGUCUCCUCACGAACGAAAGCGCAAGAACCGCAAAGGCAAGAAGAGCAAGAUGAGGAACGUCGGCCCGGGAAGAACCCGAGACAGUGGCUAUGAUUGA